GCGUCGUUGACCCGGGCGUGACACCCAUUUCGCCUUUCGCCGGUGUGUUGGGGGCAUCUCCGCCGGGUGUGGCCGGGUUUCGUGACGCGGCCACGUUUGGAGGUGUGUAUGGUGCUCCGUUGCUGCCAUCCCCACUACUGCCUAGACGGCUGGACUAUGCGGCCACGAUUCCUUUAGCACCUGUAUGGUCACAUGCGAUGGCCCCGCCAUGUCCCGCUGGAGGCGGUUCUCUUCCAGGAGAUUGCAGCGGCGCUUUGCGUUUUCCACCCGUUUCACGUCGACGAGUCGUCGACGUGGCGGCGGGUUCGUUUGCAGUGCCGCCUCAGGCUCCCUUUGUCGCUCAAGAUUCCACACCUCCAUUUGACGAUGUGGAAAGCUCAGCGGCAGUCGGCGGCACGCCGUGUUCGGGCGGCAACAGCAUCGUGCGAGUGUGUGUGAGGGAUGCGUGUCGGAGACGGUUGUACGCUCUCCGCGACACUAUGGCCGGUCUGGGUGACCAACGCGGACCGGUCAGCGACGUUAUUGAUCGGCUUCUGCACUGGUCCUUGCCAGCCAUCCGAGCGGAGUUUGGAGACGAGGUAGGAGAUGUGAUUUCUUCUUCGUUGCCAUUUUGGGUGUGCGGUCGAGAUUUCACGUUGUGUUAUAUGCCAGGCAAUUCCGAUGUUGACUGGCAUUGCACUGUCACCGCGAUGGAGUACGAGACUCGGCUUGUUGUAGGUGUUCACACUCUCCGUCCGAAGAUUGAAGGCAAGGCAUCGAAUGCGCUUGAGGUGCCAGCCGUCGUGCAACUUUUGCGAGGGCUGAUGAACAAGGGGUUGAAGAUCCGGUGCGUUGUCUCCGAUGAUUGUGCGGCGCUGGGACCGAAGUUGCGAGCUAUGAACAUCGAGUGGCAGAAGGAUUGUCACCACAAAAUAAAAAACAUUCGACAGCACUUCCACAGUAUGCUGCAACUGAAGGAAGCGAAGAAAGUGAGCAGCCCGCACGACUGUGUAUCAGAGGCUCAGUUCAUGCAGUUCACGAAGAAGCGGCUAAAGGAGGCGUUGGAGCAACGUUUUGGACCUGACAUUCUCACACGUGCUGAGGAGCGGCUGAAGAAAUCGGACUUCGUCGAUGUCGUCAUGCGAAAGAUGUACCCCUACGGAUCGAGGUUGAAUCCUCGAGCAUUGGAGACUGAUCCAGACGGCUUGACAGAGUACCAUGCGCAUGAGGUUGGGAUGUGGUUCCUCCGCGCUUGCCAGCUGUGCAGGGACGAGGGCGGAGACGCCGACAGUCUACACCGCGACAUCAUGUCGGUCGCCGAUCAUUGGGCUGGUGAUCAUUCGGGAUGUGUGAACGUGAUUCGGUGGAACAGUCAGUGCUGGCGCGACCCGGUCGGGUAUGUUGCUCGCAUUGCUGCGGGCACUUCCAUACGUGCAAGACCAGGCUUCCGUCGACACUACGGUCACGAGGCGAUCGACUGUUGGGAGGACAGAUUGGCGGCGUCAGUGUUCGGUUCGGCUCAUGUUUCAGACUGGGCUCGAGAGCUUCUGCGGCAGGAGGUUUGUCCUUAUGGAGCCGGACCAUUGCCGCGUGAUUUGUUCGUCAACGGUGGGGGCAACGCAGUGGAAGUCGUUGAUGAUGCUGCCUCAGAUUUCGACCAUGAGGCGGUGGGGGAGAACCGUGUUUUCAUCAUCGGUCACGUGGAGGACGAUGCGGUGCCUGCAUGCGAUGAUUGGGUCCAGACAUCGAGCUCCGAAUCUGAGGGUGACGAUAUAGAGUUGUUCAACGUUUGACUGGUUGAAUGGCUUCAUUGUUGACCUGACAUCGGUCUGGUGAUCCGAAUUUCAUUGUGCA